CCCCCCUCGCCCCCCAGGUGUUCAGCACUUACUCCAACGAGGAUUACGACCGCCGCAAUGAGGACGUGGAUCCCAUGGCGGCCUCGGCCGAGUACGAGCUGGAGAAGAGGGUGGAGAGGCUCGACCUGUUCCCCGUGGAGCUGGAGAAAGACUCGGAAGGGCUCGGGAUCAGCAUCAUCGGGAUGGGCGCGGGGGCCGACAUGGGCCUGGAGAAGUUGGGAAUCUUCGUCAAGACGGUGACGGAAGGAGGGGCGGCGCACCGGGACGGCAGGAUCCAGGUGAACGACCUGAUCGUGGAGGUGGACGGCACCAGCCUGGUGGGGGUCACGCAGAGCUUCGCCGCCUCCGUGCUCAGGAACACCAAGGGCCGCGUCCG